AUGCAGGAGUGCCGCAGCCGGUGGGAUGAGUCCGCCGACCUCGCCGUUUGCGGAGGUGAUUACAUCCCUCGCAGUCCUCCACCAGGAACAACACCGGGCCCUGUUACAGCUGCGGGAGGACCAGGACAGCCGGUUCCAGGCGAUUCUGCGGGCCCAACAGGAGGACCGCGAGGCGUUCCGGAGCUGGAUGCACCGGGGGGCUCAGACGGGGGUACCAGCGGACCAGCCCCACCGAUCCACCUGAUGCUGCAGAAGAUGGGCCCACAUGAUGAUCCCGAGGCGUUCCUGGAGCUCUACGAGCGGGCCGCCGAGUCCAGCGAAUGGCCAAGGGACCAGUGGGCCCUCCGGCUGAUACCCCUUCUCUCCGGCGAGGCGCAGGUGGCGGCGCAACAACUCCCCCCAGAGAGCCUCCUGGUGUAUGCUGAGCUGAAGAAGGCCAUUCUGCAGCGGGUCGGCCGGAGCCCAGAGCAACACCGCCAGCGAUUUCGGUCACUGGGGUUGGCAGAAGCCGGCCGGCCCUACCUGCUCGCUCAGCAGCUCCGGGACUCCUGUCGCAAAUGGCUGGUGGCUGAGGGAAGCGGCGUCGGGGACAUCAUCGACAAGGUGGUGCUGGAACAAUUCAUCACCUGCCUGCCCCGGAAGACGGCGGGGUGGGUCCAGUGCCACAGACCGGCGUCGCUGGACGGAGGAUCACCUGGUCGCGUGCCCUGGAAUCGGGGAGUCUCUCCCCACGGUGUCUCUCUCCACACCGCGCACACUACCACCACCAACGAACCGGCCGGUACCCGCGCCCCGGACCCGGCCGCCUUUCCCAGGAAGAGGCCCUCUUCGUGGCCGAGGAGGGUAUGGAUCUGGACGGAUGGAGGUGGGAGGCGCUGUGUCUACGUGGCCUUCCGGCAUGGAGGCCACGGAUACCACACCGACUGUCUCGGCCUCCUCACACCAGCCGUCUGUCUCACCCACUGCCGCCAGGGCGGCGGGAAGGUCUGGGCCGGCGUGUUGGCGUUGCGGGGACCCGGAUCACUUCAUCGAUCGGUGUCCAGUGAUGGAGGUGGGAACUCUAAUCCGGGUCCCUGACAUGCCACGGGCUGCCCCUGGUUCGGCUGGCCUGUACCAGAUACCCCAAGUGGCGUGGGGAGGCAUAAAAGCCACUGAGGCAGAGCCGAUCGAGGAGAGAGAUCAGGACUACUGCUGGUAGACGCGGACAAGGAGAGUGAGCGACAACCCGGAAGCAAGACGGAAAGGACUGAGUUUACGAGUCUGAAAAGGACAGUUAAGAUUAGCGCGAGAAGCGCAAGUGUUAUUUUGUGUUUGAGAAUAAAAAGGCUUGCU